CUUUCUCUCUCUUCUCUGUCCCUUCUCAAUCUCUUCUGCAAUUCUUCUUCUGGUUCGAGAUUCUUCUCGCCAAGAGUCUUCUUCUUCCCCAGGACGUGACAGAAUGCCCUCGACGCCGCAGAGCGUGUUCGCCGCGAGGCUGAACGUAGAGGCUGCCCCGUCAUCCUGAGUUCCAUGGACGAGUUUGACGCUAAUUCAUUAACCUUGGAGAAGACCGUAAUCUUUGUUGUCUCUACAACAGGGCAGGGAGAUGCACCCGAUGCGAUGAAGGUUUUUUGGAAGUAUCUGCUGCAGAAAAAUCUUCCAGAGUCUUGGCUGGAAGGAGUUCACUAUGCUGUCUUUGGAUUGGGAGGUUCUGGUUACCAGAAGUUCAAUUAUUGCUGCAGUUUGUUGCAAAGAAGCUGGACAGGAGGCUUCAUGAUCUUGGGGCAAAGUAACAGAUUCAAAAAGUCCUGCAAUGGAGAUUGAGAGGGCUCGCUCGAUGUCUCCUGCAAAACUUUCUUAUGACAAGAGUACUCCUGAUGCUUUUCUUAAAAUGGUAGGGGUUAGUAAUAGGGUAUGCUUCAAUAUUGUAAAAAUGUUAGAUGCUGCAGUAUGCACUUCCACAUCAUUGCUUAAUAGUACUAUUCUGGGAGUUAUUCACUAUAUUCUCCUUUUGCAAUUUGAUAGAUUUUGGUACACCUUUUUUAUUUGCGGUAUACAC